AUGGUUUUUGAAUCACUUGUAGUUGAUCUCAUCAACAGAUUUUUAGGGGACUAUGUGGAAAACUUAGACAGUUCGCAGCUGAAGUUAGGAAUUUGGGGAGGUGAUGCAGUUCUACAGAAUUUAGAUGUAAAAGAAAGUGCUCUGUCCCAAAUACGAAGUAUCAGUUUUCCAUCAGUCUUUGAAUGUCCUGUUGAGGAAUUUGCUGCCACUCCUGAUGGAAUUCUGCAUCCAACUCAGUUACAGUUUGCACAGGAGAGUCUCUACGACGUACGCGACGUCUCAGAAUAUACUGAAUUAAAGUUAGUGAAUGACUUAGAUUUACCUGUGAAGAUAAAAGCUGGACACAUAGGAAAAUUAACCUUAAAAAUUCCAUGGAAGAAUUUAUACACAGCCCCUGUAGUGGCUGAAAUAGAUGGAAUUUAUGCGUUGGCUGUUCCUAAUGCAUCCAUUAGAUAUAAUGAAGAAAAAGAACAGAAAGCAAAACAAGAUGCUAAACAAAAGAAGCUUAAACAAAUUGAAGAAGCUAAAAAACUGGAAGCUGAUAAAGAUAAAGCAAAAGAUCCCAAACAAGAUAGUUUUGCUGAAAAACUUGCCACACAGGUGAUAAAGAAUAUCCAGAUAAAGGUAUCAAAUAUACAUGUACGAUAUGAGGAUAAUCUCACUAAUCCUAAUCAUCCUUUUGCUAUUGGUGCCACCUUAAAAGAUUUACUCUUCCAGACUACUGAUGAAAACUGGACACCAACCGUUAUUAAAGAUGCUGUAACACAGAUUUAUAAACUAUUAAGAUUAGAUAUGUUGUCAGUAUAUUGGAAUAGUUCAGACAGAAUGUUUCAAGAUUUACCCAAGGAAGCCAUCUUGCCUGCAUUGAAAUCAAGUUUAAAUCCAGCAGAAAAUAAAAUACCUCUGCAAUAUAUAUUAAAACCUAUCUCAUCAGUAGCUCAUCUUAAACUCAAUACCAAACCAGAACUGAGUAAUUUCUCUAUACCUAAGAUAUUUUUAACACUAGUAUUUGACAAUGUAGCUAUAGCCCUAAAUAAAUUACAGUACAAUGAUGUUUUGGAGACUUUAGAAUCAUUAGAAAGAAUGGCAUUAUUAGGCAUAUAUAGAAAAUAUAAACCUGAUGUACCGUUUAAAGGACAUGUAAAAAAAUGGUGGCAUUAUGCCUAUGAGAGUAUAUUAGAAGAAACUGUAAGAAGAAGAAGAAAGAUGUGGUCCUGGAAAAAUAUCAUUAAACAUCGGAAGUUGAUGAAAUCUUAUCGAGAAGCUUACGUUCGAAAAUUAGAUACCAAAAAAGUAUCUUCUAGUGAUCAGAAAAUCUUAGAUGAGGGAGAAAAAUUGUUAGAUGUUUUUAGUAUAACUAUAAUGAGACAACAAGCUGAAGUAGAAGCAGCUAAAUUAGGUGCUAAACGCAAGGAAGAGAAAGGUGGUGGAUGGUUUGGUGGGUGGUUUGGUGGUGGAAAAAAAGGAAAAUCUGAAGUUGAGACAGCUGCUGAUGAAAUAAAAGAUAAGUUCUAUGAAAUGUAUACACCAGAAGAAAAGGCUAAACUAUAUGGAGCUAUUGGUUAUUCUGAAAAUGAAGCUGAUCCAACUUUUCCUAAAGAGUUUGUAGCAGUACAAUUAGUUACUAAAUUAAACAACCUUAGUGUCUCACUCAAUGAUACAACUAAAGAGAAACCAUUGAUAAUGAGAUUAUCAUUAAAAGAUGUUUUCACUUCUGUUGGACAGAGACCGGCUGCUAAUGCUGUUAAAUUAGAAGCUAAAAUAGAUAAUAUGACAGUGACUGGUACCAUGCAGAAUAAUAUACGUCCUAAAUUAGUUCUAUCUCAGACACAAGAUAAAGAUCAAAACUACUCUUUAUUAACUGUUAAUUUUGAAACUAAUCCAUUGGAUGGUGGAUGUGAUACAAGGAUUAGAGUUAACUCUAGACCAUUAGAGAUAGCUUAUGAUGCUAUAACAAUCAACCAAUUAGCUGAUUUUUUCAAGCCACCAGAAUCUGUAUAUCUGAAACAGUUGUCAACUGCUGCUAUGGCUAAAUUUGAUGAAAUAAAGGAACAAUCAACAGCUGGCUUACAACAUGCUAUAGAUCAAAGAAAAUAUACAGAAAUCAAUGUUAAUUUGAUGUCUUCAUAUGUUAUGAUACCACAUGGUGGAUUUAUGAAAUCGGGAGUAAAAUGUUUACUAUUAGAUCUUGGUAACCUGAAAGUUUCUACUCAAAAAAAUCAGUCAGUUGAUCUUAAGAAGGCUGAUAAUAUAGAAAAUCUAAUGAAGAAAGCAUAUGAUAAAUUUAACAUUACAUUGGAAAGAAUUCAGCUGUUGUAUAUUGAACCAGAUGAUAAUUGGCAGAAAGCCAGAGAUGCUGGUAUAUCACCUUUACAUCUAUUAGAUCCUAUGUCAAUUAUAAUAGAACUCCAUAAAUGUAUGUUUGAUAAAGAUCCUAAUAUGCCCAAAAUGAAAAUAUUUGGUGAAUUACCUAAUCUCAGUUUGAAUAUAUCUGAUUAUCGUUUACAACAAUUGAUAGCAUUAGUUGAUAGUAUACCAUUCCCUGAAUCACCACCUCAACCAGCUAUAGAGGAUGAUCUCUUCCAGGGACCCAAUACACUACCUAUGGUAACAUUAGAACCUUCUACAACAGUUAUUAAUAAAGUAACUGAACAAUCAGAUAAUAAAGUUAAGAAGCUUCAAAAAGGAACAUCACAAGAAUAUACAAAUUAUACUGAUUUAGAAUUGAAAUUUGAAAUAAAGGAGAUUGAAGUAAAGGUACAUGAAAAACUUGAAAAUAAAGACAUACCAUUAUUAAAAUUAAUAGUAAAAUCUGUUGGUACUGUAGUUAGUAUGAGAUCAUUUGAUAUGGUAGUGGAUGCUUAUUUAGGUGAUAUUUCGGUACAACAUCUUAAAUUUCAAGCAUUAAAAUCAGGACCUGUUAUUAACCUGGUUAAUACAAAUGUAGAUGGCAAGCAAUCCACUCAUUUAUUGAAAGUUCAAUAUUUAAAGGCUGAUAAGAAGGGACCUGAAUUUACUAGUACUUAUAAAAGUACUGAACAAGCUAUCUCUGUCAACUUUAUGGCAUUAGAAGUUUUAUUACAUCAGGCUGCUAUUCUCAAUUUGAUGGAAUUCGCUCAAAAACUUCAGCCACCACCCUCAGACAAUAAGAAACCUGCACUUGCUAUUGAGGAUAGCAAAAAAGAAGAGAAAAAUAAAGAAAAGAAAAAGGUGGAUGAAAAUAAGCCUAAACGCCAAAAAAAGAAGGUGAAUCCAGAUUUGAUAGAUAUUCAAGUCAAUGCUAAAUUAGAUCUAUUCAGUGUAGCUAUUUGUACGAAUGAUAAGGUUCUUACUGAUGUCAAAAUUAAAGGUAUUGAUGCUAGUGUUACUAUUCAGAAAGCCAAAACUAGUGUUGGAGCAGUCUUACAAGAUAUUACUAUAUUUGAUCCUAUGCCUAAAACACUCUAUCCUAAGAUAAUGUCUAUAGAAGGUGGAGAAGUAUUAAAGUUAGAGGUUGUAAUAUAUAAUGAUGGUACUGAAGGUAAACAUUAUGGUGAUAUGUCUUGUGUCGAUACACAACUAGAUGUUAAUAUUGGUUGUAUUAAACUUGUAUUCCUCAAUAGAUAUGUAGCAGAUUUACUGAGAUUUUUGGACAAUUUCCAAAUUGCUAAAGAGAGAGUGCAAGAAGCUGGAGAAGUAAUGGCAGAAUAUUCUAAAGAAGUAGCAGCUAGUUUACAAGAAAGAGCACCACGUGUUGGUAUGAAUAUUAAUAUGAAAGCACCAUUGAUUAUAGUACCACAGAAAUCAACGUCUAAUAACCUAUUGAUGAUGGAUCUAGGUAAUCUAGCUAUCAACAAUAAGUUUCAUUUAGCUGGUCAAGUAUCAACUAAUGGUGUACCUGCUGUAUUAGAUAAAAUGAAAAUAGUUCUGAAAGAGCUUAAAUUGUCAAGAGCUCAAGUAUUAAAUAAUGGACAGAUAAAAGCUGAGUGUUUAAUAUUAGAUCCAGUUUCCAUAACCAUUGAUAUUUGUCGUAAUUUAUCAGUGGCAUGGUACCAUGGUCAUCCUGAAGUUGAUAUUAGUGGCAUUUUAGAGACCAUUGAUGUAAAGCUUAGUCAAGGUGAUUUUGCCAUGAUAAUGAAGUUAGUAGAUGAAAAUCUUGGUGAAGGAACAGAUAUAAGUGAACAACAAGCCUUACCAGCCCCAUCUAAACCUACACCUAAAACAAACGAAAUACAACCUCAAACUUCUACUCUUGUCAGUGCUGAGCCUAAAAAAGAAGAGUCCCAAAAACCAGGAGACAAAGCUUAUUGUAAAAUGAAGUUUGAUUUCCAGUUGAAAAAUUUAUCAACUACAUUUUAUAAUGGAGAUAGUGAUAUGUCUCAUGGUAUUGUUAAGAGAAAAUCUGAUGACUUACUAGGAAAGUUUGCUCUACAAGGUAUGGCAUUGAAUGGUAGUAUGAUGUCUGAUACAUCUAUGGUAACUAAAAUUAAACUAACAGAUACUAUAUUAGAUGAUCUGAGAAUAGCUAAAAAGAAAGGAUUAACAAGAAUGAUAACAAGAAGUACUAGAGGUGGUAAUGACAAGAAACCUUGUAUUAAUAUGAUAGAUGUAGAUUUUACUCAAAAUUCUACACAAGAUAAAAAUAUAACUGUUGAUGUAUGUAGUUUAAAGAUUUGUGUAUGUGUAGAGUUUUUGAUGACAUUAGGAGAUUUCUUUAUGAAAGGAAUGGUUAAACCACCUCCCCCAUCUCGUGAUUUACCACCACCAGAUGUUAAAGAGAAACAACUAGUGAAGAAACAAGAGGCUAUAGAUGCACCGGUAGAAGGUGAAAUGAAUAUAGUAUUUACUAUGGAAAGACCAGAAAUAAUACUGAUAGAAGAUCAACUUAAUCCUGACACUACAUCUCUUAUAUUAGAUACUGAAAUUUUCUUUAAAAUGAGACAAACUCCAGAUGUUCAGACAAUGCAAGCUGCUAUUAAAGGAUUACAUAUAAAAUCAUGUUCUUAUAGUAAACGAGAACUACCUGGUAUUAAAAUUCUACCACCAUGUGAUAUCAACCUAGUUAGUAGUGCACCUCAUGGUAAAGAUCAUCAUAUGGAUGUAAAUAUAACUGAUAUUAUAUUAAAUAUAUCACCAGCUACUAUUAGAACAAUGGCUGCUGUAGCUAGUGGAUUCUCAGUUCAACCAAGUGAAAAUGAAAAGAGUAACCAAGAAGUUAUACCAGCUGAUUUGUGGGCAACAAAAAAGGUGACAGAAGACUCACAUUGGUUUACAAAACUACCACAAAAACCAGAAGAAUCUGAAGAUGACAGGAGUGGUACACCAUUGAAAGGAGAAGGUGAUAGAUGUGAACAGAUGAUUAUAUCACUAUCAUCAUUAGUAAUAAAAUUAGAAGGUGGUGUAGGUAAACGUACUGUACCACUAUUAAUAGUAGAAUCAUCAUUUCAAGGUGAAGUUAAAAACUGGAGCUCACAGCUGUAUGUAGACACAUCAUUAAGUUUGGAAGUGGCAUAUUAUAAUGAAUUAUUAGCUGUAUGGGAACCAUUAUUAGAACCUGUAGUUAAAGAUAGUAAAGUACAUCGCUGGGAUCUCAAUCUAAAUGUUGUUGCUGCUGAUGAUAGUAUUAUACCAGUAGAUCAAGAAGAAACUGAUGUUGAUAAUAUUGUUCUACCACCACCUAAAAUGACUAUCAAUGUUAAAUCAGUUGAUAAUCUCAAUAUAACUAUGACCAAAACAUGUUUAGAAGUACUUGGUAAACUAGGAAAGUCAUUUAAUGAUGCCUAUAAUCUAGUCAAACCUGGAGCACAGAAAGAUGAAAUUACAAGUCCUUAUGUAUUUAAAAAUCAGACUGGUUUAGAUUUAUUAUUGAAGUUAGACACAACCUUCCAGAGUCCUGAUAAUUCAUUGAGUGGCCGUGUAAAGUUAGCUAGCGGGGAGACAUUACCUACCUAUGAAAAACCAGGAUCAGUCAUGUCUAUGUCACCUAAAGCUUCCGUUAUUAAAGCUACACAACAAGGUGUAGAGAAAAAGAUCAUCUUCCAGGUAGAACAGUUUGGAGCUACAAGAGAAUUGGUCAUAAAGCGUGCUGAGAAGAGAUUAUUUCAGAUAAAUCAACGUUCACAUUCUGGUGAUAUGUGGUCUAUUGUAUGUUGUACUGAUACUAAUGUUGGUCAGAAAAUAGUCUCAUUACGGUCAAUUGUCCAGAUCUGUAAUAAUCUAACUAUGCCAGUAGAAAUAUUAUAUAAAGGUGAUACUAAAUUAGAGACUUGUGGAGUAGCCUACGAAGGAGAAAUAUUUAGUGUACCAUUAGCAGCUGUAUAUAGCCUUCAUGGUGAAUUAUAUUUUAAACCAUUAGAUGGAGAAUAUAUGGACUCAGAAAAUGGUUAUAAAUGGAAGAAUGCUGGUGAUAUGAAACAAAUUUGCUGUAAGAAUGCACCAGGACAACCAUCAUUCUAUUUUAAUGUAAAUCCUACAGUAGAAGAUAUAUAUUUUGAAGCUAGUAAUGAUAAAAGUUCUAAAUGUUACAUGUUAAAUUUACAUCCUACAGUUAUAUUACAUAAUUUACUACCAAUGUCUGUAAAAUAUCAAUUAGAGGGUUCAGCUGAUGAGACAACACUAGAAGAUGGUGUGAAUGUUCCAUUACAUCAUGCAUCAGUUAAUGAUAGUACCUUGGCAUUAACUUUACCAAAUUACCGUGGUCGAGAUUGGACUGGAAAUCGUGUUUUAAAACUAGAUGUACCAGAAUUAUCAGUGUGGACUAUUGAGGCUUACGAAGGCAGUACUAGAAUAACAAUGGAUCUUGGAUUACAUUGUAAGAUAAAUAAUGGUAGUUUUGAUGUGACAAUAUUUAGUCCAUAUUGGAUGAUCAAUAAAACAGGAAUGACCUUAUAUUAUCAGGGUUCAGAUUCUGAUGAAAGUAUAGAACAUCCUCCAAUAUUUGAUGGUUGUAUAUUAUUUGCCUAUAAACCAAAAUCACUGUUUAGUAAGAAAAAGAAAACUGAGAAAUCAGAUGAUAAAAAGACUAAAGUUAAAGAAAUGAAACAGAGUGGUAAAGCCCAGAUGAAGAUUGGUAAUGAUACAGAAUGGUCAGAUAAAUUCUCUCUAGAUACAGUGGGUAGUUCUGGAUCAGUUCAAUGUAAAAAUAAAUCAACUGGUAGACUGUAUGAAGUUGGUGUGAAUAUCUCUAUAACAAGUUCUGGUUUAAGUAAAAUAGUUACCUUCUCUCCAUUUUAUCUUCUACUCAAUACAGCUGAUUAUGUGAUACAGUGUGCUGAAGUACAAGAGAAAUCAACACAAGAUGUUACAUGGUCUGAUAUACCACCACAAGGGAGUAUACCAUUCUGGCCUGAACAAGAUGUUAAAGAAGUGAAAUUAAAGGCGAGAGUGUCUAAUACUGUAAUAAACACUACACCUUUCUUAGUUAAUAAAGCUCAUACAACAUUGAUGAAACUAGAAAAUGAGUUUGGUGGUAUACAAGUAGAAUGUAAUGUAUCAGAAUCAGCAAUGGUAACUAAAUUUAAAAGUUAUAAAUCAGGAUUUGCUACUGUCAAUAUUGUUAACUUUACAUCUAAAGGUGUUGUUCAUUAUAACCAAAGUGGACAUUCAUUAAUCCAUACAUUAAAUAGUGAAGAAUCAUGUUUAUAUACCUGGGAAGAUGCAUUAGGUAAAUUAGAGUUGAUAUGGAGUUGUGGUAAAGAGAAAGAUAUGAAGAAUGAGCUGACACAGGAUGGUAUAGGAGAAUUCUUCUUAGAUAGUGAUACCAAGAUAUACUGGGUGUCAUUUUUAGAUGGUAUGCAGAGAGUGUUAUUAUUUACUGAAGAUCUUGUCUUAGCAACACUAGCUCAACAGGCUGGUGAAUUAGAAAGAAUAGAUCAAGAAAUUAAUCUAUCUAUUGUUGGAAUGGGAUUCUCUCUAGUUAAUAACUAUACACAAACAGAAGUUGCCUUUAUGGGUAUCACAAGUUCUGGUAUUAUUUGGGAAGAGAAGAAGAAGAGAUAUAAAGGUUUAAAUUUAAAAACUACUACCAUAUUAGAAACAGCAUGGCAGAAAUAUAUAUCAGAAUUAGCUGUUGGUCAUAGUCCACCAAGUAGAUUACAAUUAGAAAAUAAAAUAGAGGUUGAUUUCUCUAAUAAAGAUAAAUUAAUGAUGUUAAAACCUAAUAAAAGGGAAAUUAAGAGGAGUUUUAUUGAUGGGAUCUGGUUACAGUAUAAAGUAUCAUCUCACCAAGUUCAAUUUCAUGCUAAAUUAAAUAGAUUACAGUUUGAUAAUCAACUUAAUCAAGCUAUAUUUCCUACAGUCUUAUCACCUUUACCUCCACCUAAAUCAGUAGCAGCUGAAAGUGUUCCUAAACCAUUUAUUGAAGUUAGUAUGAUGCAAAGGAAACAUGAAUAUACAACUGUUUCCCAAAUAAAAUAUGCCAAGGUGUUAAUUCAAGAAAUGGCAGUUCAUGUAGAUCAAGGAUUUUUAAAUGCUGUAUUAGAAUUAUUUGCUGCUGAUACACCAGUUUCUAGAGAACAGGAGUUUUACAUAUUCUGUUUGGUAUGUUUUUUGUCAGUAAAUCACUCAUUUGAAGAUCCAAGAGCAUUUCUAAGAAAGAUUCAUCUUAGUUUCUCAUUACAAAGUGGUAGUAGUGGAGAUGAUGGUAAACCAACAGAAAUCAAAUCUGAUGUUGUUAAUGUGUUCUUACAAAGUGUUGGUGUUGUUCUAACAGAUGUACAGGAUGUUGUCUUUAAAUUAGGAUAUUUUGAAAGAAAUCAUAAAUUUUACAAUCAGAGUCAGUUAACCAAUGAAAUGACAAGACAUUAUGCUGGUCAGGCUAUUAAACAGAUGUAUGUAUUAGUAUUAGGUUUAGAUGUAUUAGGUAAUCCAUUUGGUUUAUUACGAGGUUUAUCUGAAGGUGUAGGAGAUCUGUUUUAUGAACCAUAUCAGGGAUUAAUUCAAGGUCCCGAAGAAUUUGCUGAAGGAAUGGUAUUAGGUGUUCGUAGUUUAUUUGGUCAUGCUAUUGGUGGAGCAGCAGGAGCUGUAUCUAGAAUAACUGGUACAGUAGGUAAAGGCUUAGCAGCAUUGACUCUAGAUGAUGAUUACCAGAAAAAACGACGUCAACAACUUAACAAAAAACCUGCUUCAGCUAAAGAAGGCUUUGCUAGAGGUGGUAAAGGAUUGGUUAUGGGUUUUGUUGAUGGUGCAGCUGGUAUUGUAAAGAAACCAUUAGAAGGAGCUCAGAAAGAAGGUGUUGGUGGAUUCUUCAAAGGUGUUGGUAAGGGUUUAGUUGGUGUUGUAACUAGACCUACAAGUGGUGUUAUAGAUUUUGCUAGUAGUUCAUUAGAAGGAAUUAAAAGAAUAACUGAUAUGAGUGAUGAAGUUAGAAGGCUACGACCACCACGAAGAUUCCACAAUGAUCAAAUUAUACGUCCUUAUAAUCAUCAAGAGGCUGAAGGGUAUGCCAUAUUACAGGAAACAGAAAAAGGUAGAUUUGCUUCUAGUGAUGAAUAUUCAGCUCAUGUUGUAGUUAGUAAAGAUAAGAAAAUUGUAUUUUUAGUCACUGAUCUACGACUAUUAUUGGUAAAGAAAGGUGAAUUAUUUGGCGUCUGGGAUUGUGAAUGGUCGUUUGAAUGGAAAGAGUUAAAUGGAACUCCAAAGAAAACAUCAAAAGGAUUAGAAAUUAUAUUAAAGGAAAAGGAAAAGAAGUCAUUUUUUGGUAGUAGUUCAAGUAAAAAAGAAAUACCUGUAUCUGAUCAUAAAGUGUUAGAUUGGAUAGUAGUUCAUAUUGAAGAAGCUAUGGCUAGAGCUAAAUAA